AUGGCUGCUGCUGCACGGAUUUCCACCGCUUUGGUGGCAUCACUCUCGCUGUUGUCUUGUUUCCAAACCUCCCUGGCUAAUCCUAUCACGCGACGAACCGCCUUUGCUGUAAAGGAUUUCCAUCCUACCCCACGAGCAUGGACAAACUUGGGAGCAGCUCCAAGUGAUCAUCUGAUUAGUCUCUCCAUAGGUCUCUCUCAAGGUCGCUUCUCGGAGCUUGAGAGACAUCUCUACGAAGUGUCUGAUCCAUUCCAUCCUAGAUAUGGACAGCACCUUUCCGCCGAGGAGGUGCAUGACUUGGUAAAACCUUCCGACGAAACGUCAGAUGCCGUGCACGACUGGUUGGAAGGUCACGGAGUGCGAGCCCACCAUCUGAAGUACAGCCCUGCCAAAGAUUGGCUCUACGUCACUCUACCAUUGUCCAUGAUAGAGGAGAUGCUUGAUACCGAAUAUUCGGUCUAUGAGCACCGCGACGGAUCCACCCUUGUUCGGACAGAGGGCUACUCACUUCCCCUGUACCUCCAUGAGCACAUCAGCACCAUUCAACCUACAAACUCAUGGGCCAGGCUGGAUGGUCACAAGAAGCGAAAUGAAGUCAAGAGGCGUACAACCCAGGCGGCAGUGGUAUCCGACGAUUGGUCUCCAGCUCCGCUUGUUCCCCUCCCGGACAAUACUACCGUCGCUGCCGUCUGCAACUUCACGAGUGUUACACCAGAUUGCAUCAGAACUCUAUAUGGAACUCUGGACUACACUCCCAAGUCUGCUGGCGUGAACAAAAUGGGUCACACCAACUACCUCGACGAAGCAACGAAUCGAUCCGACAUCAGCAUCUUCCUCGGAAAGUAUCGUCCCGAGGCGCAGGCUUACGCAUAUGAGUUUGAGGUGAUAUCCAUUGAUGGAGGAGUCAUUGACAACGGCACCAACGUCUCCGAGGAGGGUCUGGACAGGGAGGCAAAUCUCGACGCUGAAUACAUGAUCGGAGUAGGCUAUCCCACACCGCUUACGGCCUGGCACACAGGUGGACGCGAUCCAAGCUUCAUGCCCGACAUCAACACUCCGGACAACAGUGACGAGCCUUUCCUCGUGUGGGCCAACUACGUGAUAGCGCAGCAAGACAUUCCUCAGGUGAUCUCUACCUCGUACGGCGACGAUGAGCAGACCGUCAGCCAAGCCUAUGCGCAAGCAGUAUGUAAUCAAUUCGCCCAACUGGGUGCUCGAGGCGUGUCGCUAUUCUUUUCGAGCGGAGACUACGGCGUGGGAGCGGAUGACACGUGCUACAGCAACGUGGACAACUCAACCUAUAUGUUUAUGCCCAGCUUCCCUGCAGACUGUCCUUAUGUAACAGCUGUAGGCGCAACCACGGGCUACCCGGAGUCUGCCGCAUGGAGGAAACUCCGUUCAGGAGCAUACUUUACCAGUGGCGCCGGCUUCAGCAACUAUUUCCCCCAGCCAAAAUACCAGGCAGACGCUGUUGAUGGGUACGUCGCCGGCCUUAACGGACUAUAUGAUGGGUUCUACAAUAAAACAGGCCGCGCAUACCCUGAUCUCUCUUGUAUCGGCCAAGUCUUCCCAACCAUCUGGAACGGUAGUACGCUUGGGCUGGUUGGAACCUCCGGAUCGUCACCUAUCUGCGCCGCAGUGUUCGCGUUGUUGAACGACGCCUUGAUCACAGAGGGAAGACCUCCGAUAGGAUUUCUCAACCCUUGGCUCUAUGCUCAUGGACACAAGCUGUUCACCGAUGUCACGAAUGGUACUUCGGCUGGUUGCAACACUUCAGGGUUCCCCGCCACUCAGGGUUGGGAUGCUGUGACUGGCUGGGGUACUCCAUACUUCCCCAGCCUGCUUGAAGGGUUUGGAUUGAAGAAGUAG